AGAGAGAGAGGGAGGAAGAGGGGCCGUCGGGUACAGACCAGAGGGUACCACAGGACACUGCGGAACGCGCUGCUGCUGGACCUCAACAACCAGCCACCGAGGCGCGCGUCCCCGAGCCGCUCCGACGUAGAGCAGCAAGUUCAGAGUCGCACGCGACCGCGCGCAUUCAGCGUCAUUGUGUUCAGGAGCUGUUUGUCUCGUGAGCGCUUGCACCGUGUGAACCGGAACGAACGGAAUACAGCGCGAGCAGCCUUUUUCUUCUGUGGUGUUUGGGGACGUUACGGGGGAAGCCGCGUUCAUUUACAGCACGCGCGGAUGUUUUAAGGACAGACUGUACUGGUGGUGAAACGAAGAAGCGUUUUCGUCCGCUAAAUGGAGCGUUCGCCGCGGCUCUGGCUACAGGGAUUAGCAAGCGACAUGACAAUUACAUAAUAUCCUCCUCUACUCAAAAACAACAACAACAACAACAACAACAACAACCGGUGAACCGCCGCAGAGACGCAGAGGGCGCGUUUACCCGCAGGAGCGUGACCUCCUCGCUUCAAGUACCGACGGCGGCUGCUGCUGCAAUCAACGCGGCCGUAAACUUCGAGGCACUUGUAGCGUUUGGAUUGCGAAUCGAAACAAGGCGACAAAGACAACAGCCGGGUCUAAACUUCCGGUCGGGCCAAAAAAAAAGGAAAAACGACAGGGAGCGCAGCGCGUGACACUAAACCGGCCGAGAGGUCACCGGGACCGGCCCCCCCCUCCUCCCCCCCCUCCCCCUCACAACAGUCCGUUAUGAAGAUGUGAACUCUUCCCUCCCUCUUUCUCUCUUCCUCGUCGGGACGCUUUGAUCUUUUUUUUUCUUCCCUCCCCCCUCAUUCCCUCCACGCGCAACGGCAAUUUGGUACGACGAGAUCAAAGGGCGCCUCUCGCCUCUCGGGGGAUGUACGAAAGCGUGGAUGUUGUGGCUUUUAGCCCCAACCCGAGCAGCCCCAGUCCCGGCUCCUUCCUGAGCAUGGACUACUACCACCGCCCCCCGGGGCUCGGGCCGGAGAAGGGGCUGCUGUCCGGCGCGGGGGGGCUCCAGCGCCCGUUCGGAGGGUCCCUGGUGAGCGGCCGGCACUGGAGUGGAUCCAGCCACUCCAUAGAGACGGAGAGCACGAGUUCGGGAGAGGACCUGCUCGUCCCCAGCCCGGCCUCCCCCCCGCCUCCGCCCCGCAUCUACAAGCCCUGCUUCGUCUGCCAGGACAAGUCCUCAGGGUACCACUAUGGAGUCAGCGCCUGCGAGGGCUGCAAGGGUUUCUUUCGGAGAAGCAUCCAAAAGAACAUGGUGUACACGUGUCACCGAGACAAAGUGUGUGUGAUAAACAAGGUGACGAGGAACCGGUGCCAGUCCUGCCGGCUGCAGAAAUGCCUCGAGGUCGGCAUGUCCAAAGAGCUGGUGCGAAACGACCGCAUGAAGAAGAAGAAGGAGGACAAGAGGCAGGGGGAGACGGAGAUCUACGUCCUGUCGGCAGACACCGAGCAGAUGAUCGAAGGGGUCCGCCGGGCCCACCAGGCAACCUUUCCCUCCCUCGGUCAGCUGGGAAAAUACACCACGAGCGACAGCUCGGAGCACCGCGUGGCUCUGGACGUCAGUCUCUGGGACAAGUUCAGCGAGUUGUCCACCAAGUGCAUCAUCAAGACGGUGGAGUUCGCCAAGCAGCUGCCCGGCUUCACCACGCUGACCAUCGCCGACCAGAUCACCCUGCUCAAAGCCGCCUGCCUGGACAUACUGAUUCUGAGGAUCUGCACCCGCUACACGCCAGACAAGGACACCAUGACCUUCUCCGACGGUCUGACCCUCAACCGCACACAGAUGCACAACGCCGGCUUCGGGCCGCUCACGGACCUGGUGUUCUCCUUCGCCAACCAGCUGCUGCCGCUGGAGAUGGACGACGCGGAGACAGGGCUGCUCAGCGCCAUCUGCCUGCUCUGCGGAGACCGUCAGGAUCUGGAGGAGUCGGACAAGGUGGAUGUUCUCCAGGAGCCGAUGCUUGAAGCCUUGAAGAUCUACGUGAGGAGGAGGAGGCCCGAAAAACCUUGCAUGUUUCCCAAGAUACUGAUGAAGAUUACUGACCUCAGGAGCAUCAGUGUGAAGGGAGCAGAGCGAGUGAUCACGCUGAAGAUGGAAAUACCCGGCUCAAUGCCGCCUCUCAUCCAGGAAAUGCUGGAGAACUCUGAGGGGCUGGAGGGGCAUGGAGCCGGGGGAGGGAAAGGAGCAGGAGGAGGGAAAGGUUGCGCCGGAGGCACAGAAGAGGACGAAUCAGAGCUCGGAAGCCGCCGUCAGAGUCCGUCGCCGGAGUCUGCUUCCUCGCAUUGCCGGAGCCCCGCCUCCUCCCCCUCCCCCUGAAGCUCCACGGCCGCAGUAACGCAGGAUGGACGAGGGACCGACGCGGCUCACCGGAGGGAGGUUAAAAGAGCUGUUGAACUUUGCUGAGAGGAUCAGCAUGUUAUUCAUUCAGACAGGACAGCAUUUCCUAAAGGUGGAAACCCCGGGUCUCUAAACCAAGGACUGCAGAGGGACGUGCACCACCUGCCUCCACCCUCGUGAAAGCUCAUGUGUAGUUUGCAGAAUCACUGCAUCUCUCAUUCACAUAUAUGUGUAUAUAUAUAUAUGCAAAUAAAAAAGAAAUGAUGGCAGGGAGGGAAGGACUAAUGCAAGACGUUAUUUUCCUAAAUGUACAUGUGUAUAUACUGUAUUUCCUCAUUACAAAUAUAAAGAGUUCUUCCUUCACCAUCACCCCCCCUCACAGACACAUCAGGGAAUCCUAGCGACUCCUCGACUGUUUUCCUCCACUAGAAGACUUAGUAAAUGCGUUUCCCCACCGUGUGAUCUGUGUUCAGGUUUUUCAGCAAUGGAGGCCCGCCGGAGAUGGCGCUCAUCAGCGGUGACUGUUGUGGUCGCCGUUGAUGAGCGCUGCAGGAUUUCAGGUGAUUUAAGGGGACAUGGCAACAGGUUCACGCCGAGUUGUGCGUUUUGGUUGGUCCACACUGUCGUGGCCGGUUUGUUUGUCUCACCACAGCAUCCAUCACUCAACCACCCCUUUCAGGUACAGACUCUGUUUUCAGUGUUGUUCUCUUUGAUGUACGGUGCAGUAAUGGAAAGUAUGAAAGACACAGAGUUCAAUAAAGAUGUGGUGUUUCCUUCUUUUUGUCGCGAAAAAAGAAAGAAACCUUGUUCACUGUGAAA